GAGUUAUGUCUAUGUUCGCGUUGGUUUCUCUGACAUCGUGCCCGAGUACGCCAAGUUCCCCGGCUACCUCGCGCCCUCCUCGGACCUGAAGUUCGCGGACGUGCCGAACGGCCUCGCGGCCGUCAGCAAGGUCCCCGCCGAGGGCUGGUUGCAGUGGCUCGCCCUGUGCGGCUUCUACGAGACCUGCGUGAACGGGGAGUCCAAGCCGGGCGAGCCGGGCAACUACGGCAGGGGCCGCCUCGGCUUCACCGGCGCCAGCAUCGAGGACCCCGAGGGUCGCAAGAGGGCCCUGAACGCCGAGAUCGCCAACGGGCGCCUGGCCAUGGUGGCCAUCAUCGGCAUGUUCUUCCAGGACGGCCUGACCGGGUCUGCGUGGGGCGACUGGGACGUCUACCACGGCAGUGCACUGCAGAGCGGCAAGAUGAGCCCCGGUUACAACACGCUGCCGGAGUGGGAGGGCGUCGCGAGUGGCUUCGAGGGCUCGGUCGGCGACCAGGAGCCCCUGGGAUUCUGGGACCCCGCUGGCUUCACAAAGGAUGGGGACGUAGAGAAGUUCAAGCGCCGCAGGGAGGUGGAGCUGAAGCACGGCCGUGUUUCCAUGCUGGCGACCAUCGGCUACAUCGUGCCCGAGUACUACAAGUUCCCUGGCUACCUGUCUCCCUCCGAGGGAAUCAGAUUCGAGGACGUUCCCAACGGGCUGGGCGCUCUUUCGAAGGUGCCCCCAGCGGGCCUGGCCCAGUUCGCGGCCUUCAUCGCCUUCCUCGAGCUGGUGUACAACAAGCCCAGCGCCGAGCCAGGCAACUACGGCAAGGGGAACUUGGGCCUGGGCUCGCUCGGCCUCGGAGGCUCCAUCACGGACCCCAAGUUGCGGGCGAAGAAGUUGAGCGCCGAGGUCUCGAACGGGCGCUUGGCAAUGGUGGCCAUCAUUGGCAUGUUUUUCCAGGACGGUCUGACUGGUUCCGCAUGGGGCGACUGGGCGCUGUACACAGGCAGCCCGCUGCGCAGCGGCAAGAUGGCACGAUUUGGUACGCGUUGA